UCUACUUUCACAAUGCCUUUAACAAAUAAACAAAUCUCUACUUUCACAAUGCCUUUAACAAAUAGACAAAUCUCUACUUUCACAGUGCCUUUAACAAAUAAACAAAUCUCUACUUUCACAAUUCCUUUAGCAAAUAAACAAAUCUCUACUUUCACAGUGCCUUUAACAAAUAAACAAAUCUCUACUUUCACAAUGCCUUUAGCAAAUAAACAAAUUUCUACUUUCACAAUGCCUUUAACAAAUAAACAAAUCUCUACUUUCACAAUGCCUUUAACAAAUAAACAAAUCUCUACUUUCACAAUGCCUUUAACAAAUAAACAAAUCUCUACUUUCACAAUGCCUUUAACAACUUAA